UCACGUUGAAAUCGUCACAUUCUCAACCGAUUUUAGUGCUUACAAAGAUUCUAGUCAUCCAAAGCUCCAGGCAAUGGCGGAGCCCCCAGCGCAGGACGAUCGCAGGCUUUGGAUCGGAAACCUGGACAGCCGUGUGACCGAGUAAGUUGUAUUGAAAAUUGCGCAAAAAUGCGGUAAAAUUGAAAAGUUCGACAUGCUGUUCCACCGUUCCGGGCCGAUGGCCGGAUAUCCGCGGGGGUAUGCCUUCGUGACGUACGAAAGGCAAAGAGAUUCGGAAUCUGCACUGGGGGUGCUCAAUGGCAAACUGGUCGGAGACAAGCAUAUGGUCGUUCGGUGGGCAAAAAACGUCAAUCGAGACGAAAUGGAGAAGACCAAACCAAAGCUGCAGAUUCCGGCAUUGGCCGGUGGUUCUAAGGCCGGUCCCAGCGGCCCGUUGAGUCAACAGACUAAAAUCCAAGCUCUGGAAGCCAAACUGAAGAUGAUGGAAAGCAAGUCGGAUGAUUUGGUCAUUAACAAAUCGAUCAAUGCAGAACGGCCAAUCAUCGAAAAGUAUCAAUAUAAUAAGAACCAGCCACUGCAGCGGCCAGAUCCUUCCAAGAUGAAACGCAGCUCUAACCGAGGCGGAAGAAGUGGACCGUACAAAUCCAGUCGGUUCAAGUGAAGGGAUACUGUAAGCUAGUAUAGAUAGCAUAAAUUUGUCGGAGAUUUAUUUCAAUUCUAUCAUGUCUCAAGUAAGUAUGUGUCCGCUUCGGUCAUUUGCUAGGUAGGAUGUUUUUUAUUCUGAUAUUUAUAAUACACUUAGGCAACGAACUAAACUAUGUAACUGCACGUA